GACGACUCCAAAAUGAGAGAAAGCCUGCUCCAAAAAGAGAUUGAAGGGCAAAAGGAAAAAUUUGAGGAAAAUGAAAAACAGGAAAACCCAGACCCGAAAGAAAUUUUCGCCAUUCGAGAGAAAUAUCGCCCUCUUACUUCCCUUUUUCAAAAUAAAACCGGCUUUCAAGAGGACAAAAUUGAAAGAAAAAUAAAUAGUGCGAGCGGCAAAAAAUUAGUCCGAAAAUUACGGAGAAAAAAUGAUUUAGAAACCCGAAUUAAAGA